AUGAUCACCGAGAGGCUAGCACAACGCCUCCACAUCACUCGGACUAAAGCAUCAAUCGCCAUAUGCGGAGUAGGUGGAGUCCAAACCGCAACAGCAAAGGGGAAAGUCGAGCUGAAGGUUACAGCUCGUCACAAGAACACCACUAUUGUAACGACAGCACUGAUUCUCCCCAAACUGACCCUCUACGGCAACAACGUGGAAGCAUCUAGGCGGGAGUGGAAUCACAUCAAGGGGCUCGAUCUAGCAGACCCAGACUUCGAAGCCUCCGAUCCCAUCGACGUCCUCCUCGGGGCUGACAUCUAUGCUCAAAUCAUGGACACCGGUCUCCGGAAGGGGGGCAGAAAUCAACCCAUCGCCCAGAAAACCAUCUUCGGAUGGAUUCUAUCAGGCACCACCAGUGCGUCAAACGCAUCCACCAAUACCACAGUGAGUCACCACUGUUCAACAAGGGACUCGCUAUCAUCCAUGGUUCGACGAUUCUGGGAACAGGAGGAACUGCCCAACGCUCCUCCUUCCUUGAUUCCCGACGAGAGAAUUUGUGAGGAGACAUACGCCAUCGGACAUUCCCGAACACCCGAAGGUCGCUACAUCGUGCGACUACCAACUUCAUCCAAAAUAAUGGACUUGUCGGACACCCGGAGAGCUGCCGAAAGAAGUCUCAAUUACACUUUCAAGCGCUUUAAACACAAUAAGGGGCUUGAGCAACAUUACCACGAGUUCAUGUCCACCUACGAAGCCAUGAAACACAUGGAGGUGGCAGAACAACCCAAGCCGACGAGCAACGUCUGCUACCUUCCUCAUCACGGAGUGUGGCGAGAGUCCAGCACCACUACACCGCUUCGAAGAGUGUUCAACGGAUCCUGCCUAACUCACCAAGGAAUCUCCCUCAACCAUUUCCUGCUAAAAGGGGAGAAUCUGCUGCCAGCUCUAUCUGACGUCUUGCUCAGAUGGAGAACCCAUCGCUUUGUCAUCGCUGCUGACAUCGAGAAAAUGUACAGACAGAUUCUCGUACACCCAGAUGACAGAGACCUCCAAAGAAUAUUGUGGAAAACCGAGGAAGAUCAAGACCCACGCGAAUAUCGACUCAACACCGUGACGUACGGUCUCGCUUGCGCUCCCUUUCUAGCCAUCAGGACCAUCCGACAACUGGCUCACGACGAGCAGGCGAAUUUCCCACUUGGAGCAUCUAUUCUUCAACGAGAUAUCUACGUUGACGACAUCCUUACUGGAGCAGAUAAUCAAACGCAACUGCUCAAUCUGCAAAAGGAACUUCGAGAGAUAUGCAUGGCGGGCGGAUUUCCACUCAAGAAAUGGAUGUCAAACGACUCCACUCUGCUCACACACAUUCCAGAGUCAGAUCGUUUGGUAAAGGGCAACAUGUCUUGGGCUCCUACAGAGGAAACUCACUCCACUCUAGGGCUUCAAUGGAGCCAGCAAUCAGACACCUUCCUGUUCACCGUCCAACCAACCACCGCCAAAGCUAUUACGAAGCGAUCAAUUUUAUCUCAGGCAGCUCAACUCUUUGAUCCAUUAGGAUGGCUCACACCCGUAACAACCCGAGCAAAAAUCACCAUUCAGUCGACAUGGUUGAUCAACGCCAAGUGGGAUGAUCCUCUUCCUCAACACAUUUCACAAGACUGGAGGGAGUUUCACGACCAAUGGACAACACUCUCCAGCAUUCGCAUUCCUCGCUGGCUAAUUCCGACCAACAAAAUAGAACUCCAUGGGUUCUCAGACGCCUCCGAACAAGCCUACGCGGCCGUCCUCUACUUGCGAGCUCUCCAGGAAAACGGCCGGAGCGAAACAUCAUUGAUAGCUGCAAAGAGUAAGGUCGCACCACUAAAACAGGUGUCACUUCCUCGACUGGAACUUUGUGCGGCACAUCUCCUCGCUAAGUUGGCUCACCACACACUCAGGCUGACCAACUGGAAUAACAUCACUACAUACUUGUGGACAGACUCCACUGUCACGCUGGGCUGGAUCCAGGCACCUCCACGAAGAUGGAAGACAUACGUAGCAAACCGAGUCGCUGAGAUCCAAACAUUGCUUCCAGAAGCCAGAUGGAAUCACAUCCCGAGUCAGCACAACCCAGCGGAUUGCGCAUCACGAGGGCUCUCACCACGGGACCUACUCACACACCAACUUUGGUGGAAGGGACCAGAGUUUCUCUCCAAUGAUGAGAAACCUCCACGGAGUAAUCUCCAGACAGAUCUCACCAAUCUUCCAGAAGGGAGGUCAACAGCCCAUGCAGCAACAGCCAGAGAACCACCAACUGAACCUGAGAUGCUCAGUCUAUUCUCCAGCUACAGCAAGCUGCUCAGAAUCACCGCUUGA